GUACGUCGGCGCCUCGGAAACACUGACGUCAAGCAGAAACGAAAAGAAAUGGUGCUUUCGCGAUGAAAAGUUUUCAUGUUUCUGUUUUAUCUUAAUUGUUAAAAAUACUGAAUCUUCCGCGUGUGCGUGUAGGUGUGUGCGUGUGUGGACGGUGUUAAACUCAGGGCGUACAGGUGUCAGAAAGUGCCAGGAUUUUUAUAAGCGUUUAUAGUAUAUUGACUAAAGCACAACUUUCCGUUUUCAUAUGAACACACCUUGCGUAAUGAUGAUGACGAUGAUGAUGACUUCAUCAACAGCCAAUCCUGUAUCAGCGGCUGUCUCAACUGCACAAGAUAUUAGUUUACAUAACAACAGCUGUCGGUACAACAAUGGUUCAAAUAAUACAGACAACAGUGAUCGCCAGUUUAAUGGCAACAAUGCUGUUAACUCAGGAAACAAAAUAUCGGACUAUAUACAUCGCUCACAUAACAAUGGGGCACCUACUGACAUGUAUUAUCAUGCACAUUACCAGCAACUUAAUCAUGACCAUAUUGUUAGUCCCAGGAUUCAAGAAAGGAUAAUAAAGCAUGUCAGUAAAAUUGAAGUUUCUUGUGAUAACAUCAGUUCUGUAUCCGGUCUCUAUCGCUCAAACCAUUUAGAGAGUCCGUGUGGAGACAGGAACAUCGCGAUGAAGUACAGAGACAGUUGCAAGCUUCCAGUGGACGCCAGCAGGGUCGCGUACCCACACUACGAGGACCACUUGAUAGCGCGGUACAGUCAGCACCAGAUCUCGACGCCGUCUCUCCCUUCCAGCAACAACCUGCAGGCGCCACAAUUUAGAAGAAACUCUCCCCGAUUUACUCCGCCCCAGCGCUCGCCUCCUUUCGGCGGUAACCGUGGCGGACACGCCAGCAGCCCCGAGCCGUCCGUCUCGCCGCCGACAGGCGUCGACCGGAGUAGCAGCAACGGAAGUUGCAUCAGUAGCCUCAGCGAACCCGUCGCGGGCGUCGGGAAUAGCAGCAGCAGGAGACUUACAAGUUACCACAGAAAGAAGAAGAUCCUGGAUUUGGAAGACGGCGACGCCAAUGUAGCGGCUUUUACUCAAAGAUCCAGUGGCCAGCAAGCUGUGCCAGAGGAUGGGGCGGGCCAACAACAGGAAAUUGACGACGAGGAAGGCGAUGAUGAAGAAGGCGGCCAGUCCGAGUCAUCAGAGGACCAACACGUGCCCCACGUCCUGGCACCCCUGCCGCUUCUGCAAGGGAGUGAGGACGGCGCGGCCUCCUCGCAGGGAGACCACCAAGUCUCUCACCCUCACCAUGGGCUGCGCCGUUGCUUGCUAUGGGCGUGCAAAGCAUGCAAGAAGAAGACAGUCACAGUGGACCGCAGGAAAGCAGCCACGUUGAGAGAAAGGAGAAGAUUGCGCAAGGUGAACGAAGCCUUCGAGGUGCUGAAGCGACGCACGUGUACGAACCCUAACCAGCGGCUCCCCAAAGUGGAGAUCCUGAGGAACGCUAUCGAGUAUAUCGAAUCUCUGGAGGACCUCCUGCAAGGCGCGCAGCACGACAGCUCUGGGGCCUCUGGGGCGGGCAAGCUCGAGGCUGUUGGCUGCGCAGUCAGUUACAGAAGCGCCAGCAUUGACUAUCUGAAUGGUGGCUCACCGCAGUACCUAGCGGACAGACUGCAGCAAUUCAGUGAUUCCCUCCACAGAUUCGGCCCGAUGAACGGUUAUGAAGGACAAAAUCACUCACAGGGCGGAAAUACGAAUGGUGUUGACGGAACUUCUAGUCUUGACUGUCUCAGCCUCAUCGUGGAGAGCAUCAGCACAGGAGCCGCCGCUGUGGCUGGCUUGUUGCAAGGACAGGGGCGGCCUUCAGCGAGAUUACAUGAAGCUAGCAAGCAUGAAGAUAUGGGAUAACACGUGGAUCACACGGCGCCAAACAAUAAAGUAAUCCAACAAUGACAGGCUGUCAUUAUUGGAACGGUGUUCCUCGCAGGCUACAAACGAAAUACACGACGUUUCUCUUAUAUUCCGCAAUCCCCAAAAAUCAAAAGAACAUGUAGAACAAUGAAACCUUAAAUACGCGCAUUAUUUUAACACAUAAUGGGAGAGUGAUCGAAGGCAUAUAAACAAAUAAUUUUAGACAUAACAAUCGAAGCAUUUAAUUUCACCCAUACAAAACAGUUCUAAACUCUGUGUGAAUACACCGUAAGACUGCGAACUUCGUUUCAAAAGAACGGUAUAUACUGCAGGAAGUGUGUUGCAUUGUAAUUUUUUCUUAUUGCUAGUGGGGUGGGAUUAAGUCCCUUGUAUUGCGGCCACUUCUGGUCUACUG